CCUCCAUCCCCUUUGAAAAAAAUAUCAAAAUCCCACUUUCCUAUUCAUCAUGAGAGAAGUUAUUCACGUUCAAGCUGGUAAGUGCGGUAACCAAAUUGGUCAAAAGUUCUGGGAGACAAUCUCUCAGGAGCACGGUAUUGAUGUCAACGGUAACUACUGUGGUGACAACGAUCUCCAGUUGGAGCGUAUCGAUGUAUUCUACAAUGAAGGUUACCAAGGAAAAUAUGUCCCCAGAGCUGUCUUGGUAGAUCUUGAGCCUGCUACCAUGGAUGCUAUCCGUGCCAGCCCUUAUGGCAAGAUCUUCCGUCCCGAUAACUUCAUCAACGCUCAGUCUGGUGCUGGUAACUCAUGGGCCCGUGGUUACUACACCGAAGGUGCCGAAUUGGUCGAGUCAAUUAUGGAUGUUGUCCGCAAGGAGGCUGAAAACACCGACUGUCUCCAGGGUUUCCAGCUCUGCCACUCCCUUGGUGGUGGUACCGGUUCCGGUCUCGGUUCAUUGUUGUUAUCUAAGAUUCGCGAGGAGUACCCCGACAGAAUUCUCAGCACUUACUCGGUCGUGCCUUCCCCCAAGGUCUCUGACACCGUUGUCGAACCCUACAACGCCGUACUCUCUGUCCAUCAGUUGGUCGAGAACUGCGAUGCCACCUUCUGUAUCGAUAACGAAGCUUUGUACGAUAUCUGCUUCCGUACUCUCAAGUUGACCAACCCUGGCUACGGUGAGCUCAAUCAGCUCGUCUCUGCUGUCAUGUCUGGUGUAUCUACCAGUCUGCGUUUCCCCGGUCAAUUGAACUCUGACCUCCGUAAGCUCUGUGUCAACAUGGUUCCCUUCCCCCGUCUUCAUUUCUUCAUGGUUGGUGUGGCUCCUUUGACUGCUUUCGGAUCCCAGCAGUACCGCAACCUCAGCGUCCCUGAGCUCACUGCUCAGAUGUUCGAUGCUCGUAACAUGAUGGCUGCCUCCGAUCCCCGCCACGGCCGCUACUUGACCGUCGCAACCAUCUUCCGUGGUCGCCUUUCCACCAAGGAAGUCGAGAACCAGAUGUUGGCUGUUCAGCAGAAGAACUCUUCAUACUUUGUUGAAUGGAUCCCCAACAGUGUCAAGUCUUCCCUUUGCGACAUUCCCCCCGUUGGCUUGAAGAUGUCAGGUACCUUCAUUGGUAACAGCACUGCCAUCCAAGAUUUGUUCAAGCGUGUCAACGAGCAGUUCACAGCCAUGUUCAGACGCAAGGCUUUCUUGCAUUGGUACACUUCUGAGGGU